AUGCUGCCAGGAACGAAGGUGGUGUCCGCGGAGGCUUAUGGUACAUCUAACUGGGCAAAGACGGCAAAGCUCUCAGUCGUUCUACCCGACGGAAAACGAAAGAGAUUUUUCUUGAAAUGCGCUCAGGGGAAAGGGGCUCGAGCCUUGGCUGAAGGCGAAUAUCACUCCGCAUCUGCCAUCAAUGCUGUAGUACCUGGAUUGGUGCCCAGCCCAGCUGGAUGGGGCGAGUAUGGCAUGGACGGAUCACAAGUGUAUUUCUUUCUGGGAGACUUCCACGACAUGGAGCUCUCCGCCCCUCCAGAACCGGUCGACUUCACGGCUCGAAUAGCCGAAAUGCAUCGAGGCACAUCUCCAAAUGGAAUGUUUGGAUUCCCUGUUCCCACAGUGAUCGGCGUUAUGGAACAUGUCAUUAAGUACGACAAUGAGACAAACGGCCCGUGGCCGGAAUAUGACGCAGCUUGCCGCCAGCUUAUCGAAGUCGUUAUACUACGACUAUUGGGAGCGUUGCAGUCAGAUGGCCGUGACAUUGUGCCAGCCCUGGUGCACGGCGACUUAUGGGAACAGAACGUCGGAAUAGCCAUGGAGACGGGCAAUACGAUUGUCUUCGACCCUGGAUGCACCUAUGCCCAUAAUGAGAUGGAGUUUGGCACAUGGAGAUGCUCCUGGGCGUUUCACUUCAAUUCUCCAACGUACAUGCGCCUUUACCAACAACAUAUCCAACCCUCAGAACCGGUGGAGGAAUGGGAUGACCGCAACCGACUGUACAGCAUCCACCCCUACCUGACAGACUCGGCAGGACAUCCAGGGAGUAUGUCGAGGCAAUUAGCCUACAAUGAGAUGCUUUACCUGUGUGAGAAAUAUGGACCUCUCGAAUCACUUGAGCAAUAUGACCCUGAGAAGGAUAUCAGUGUCACCGGCGCAUAUACCCCGUUCGUCAUAAAUCAGCUCGAUGAAAACAGGGAUCGCAUUCAAGGUAUAGAGGCAGUUCGGUAA